CAAGGCCCAAUAGAAAUUCAAUAAGAAGGAAAAAGAGAGAGUAGGGACGAAAGGAAGGAAAGGGGAAAAAAAUGUUGCAGUAUCCAUCAUUCAUGUUGCAGUACCCGUGCUCAAGUCGGAUCAUUCCGACGUCGUUUUUGCUGCCUGCUCAGUGGCCCCACCCUCACACCGACGAGCUCCUCCUUGCCAUGGAGGAAUCUGAUUUUGAAGAAAAGUGUAAUGAAAUCAGAAAGAUGAACAGCAACUUAGUUGUGAUUGGGAAGACUAACAUAGAUAAUGAUAAAGAAGACUUUGACAAUGAAGCAGAGGAUGAUGACGCAGACAAUGGCGAUGAAUCAGAGGGUGAUGACUUUGAGCAAGAAACUGGUUGACAUGCUCUGUAUGUGCAGUGUAUCUAUGGUUUGCUUGGCAGUUCAUGGUUCUAAAAAUUUGCUGAACAGUAUUUAGAUAUUGCUUUGUUCAAGUGGUUUGCAUAGCCAAGUAGAGAUGGUUGGCAUUUCCCCUAUAGGAAUGGGAAGGACCUUUGCGCUUUCUGGCAGAAAAAUCAUAUAUGAAGAACUUGAUGAUUGAUUAUGCAUUUUGGGUGAUCCAACGAUUUAAGAUUUGGAUUUACGUUAAUUUGAAAUAGAGUAGAUUUUAUUGAAA